CAGUGAGCUCAUCUAUGACUACGAGAUGAUAAUAACAGAAAACGAUAAAUUCCGUUCUGUCCACAAAGAUUGCAAAACAACUCACCAUCAAUGCAAACUUCGUCUGCUUCAUAGCUCUUAACUCAUUGAUUUGACCUCGUGGGUCGUCAUUUCUCGCAAGUAUCUCCACCAAAUUUUCAGUUUUAACCCAAGCUUUGUCUACUUGCAAGCAAUUCAACUGCUCACAUGGUGAAAUCAAGAAAAACAACAAUUCUUUAGUUACUGACAAACUUUGCUUCAUUAUUUUGCACCUUUCUUGCACAUAACCAGAUAUUCUUAGAUGGAGAUUCUUGGCUAGCAAAUGAAAAAAUAGGAAACUGGCAAAGACCCACUUCGGAAUUAGUACAAAAACCUAGAGGGCAUGAAGAAGAAUCUAAUUUCGUCCCACAGUUUAGGCACAUUUCCUAGCCCAGGAGGAGCAGGGAACUAUCACGACAAGGGAUGGAGCUCAGAGCGAGUACCGCAUCCAUCAGUGAGCAGCAGGAAGCAAAUCACUGCCUUGACCCCUUUUUACAGUGGCAGGACAACGCCUUCCAAGUGGGAAGAUGCUGAGAGGUGGAUAUGUAGCCCAGUUCUGGGCUAUGGCGUUGCCCAAUACUCACAGUGUCAGCCUCAGAGGCGUCCCAAAUCCAAGAGUGGACCCAUUGUGCCUCCUGGGAUUGCAUACUAUUCUAAUUAUUCGCCUUCACUGCAGGUUCUUGAUAGUGCCUCUGUGAGAAAUUUCAUAGCUCAUUCUCCAUUUUCGACUGGAGUUUUGAUGCCUAAAGGAGUUGGUAUUCAUAAUGAAGGUGGUAUUGGUGGGCGAGCUAUUGUGGGACGUUCGUCUGGUGGACCUGGUUGGUCAGAUUUGGCUAGCGAGUGUUCAUCACCCAAUUCUCAAGAUGAGAAGCUUGAUAACAUCAAUGAUGCAGAAAACGAAAUUGCUCGUGUCAUUUCAAGGAGGGAUAUGGCAACACAGAUGAGCCCUGAGGGUAGCGUCAGCUUAUCUCCCAUAGGGAGGUCCUCCUCUCCUCCCUCUGUCCCUCCUUUACAACAAAGUGAGAAUGAGCAUCCUGCUAAAUUGGAAAUCAGAGAGGUGCAAGUAGACAAAAAAGCCACCCUGAUCAGUAGACCUGCAAAGCGUGGUUCUUGCACAAGUAAAAAAGGGUGGCCAGGAGUUCAGGACGCUUAUCAAAAUGCUACAGAUGCUCACGUUUCGUCUUGGGAUGUUCCAGAUGCAUCAUCAGACUUUCCCAAGUUGCAAAGGGAGGAAGCCAAGAUCACAGCAUGGGAGAACUUGCAGAAGGCUAAAGCAGAGGCAGCAAUACGAAAACUUGAGGUUAUAUGCAUCCUACGAUUAUGUGAUGAAACUGGAAAAGAAGAGAUCAUCAUCAAUGGACAAUAUUUUGAAUAAGCUGAGAAUGGCUCAGAUCAAAGCUCAGGAAAUGAGAAGCGCAAUAUCAGAUGCACAGGGUCAUCAAAUUCCAAAGACACCCCACAAGAUUUCUUUCUUUCACAGGCAUGCAAGGUUGAGUGUCUUGAGCAGUUGCUUCACUCACAUUGGAGCAAGGUAGCUCUUUCCGUGGUGAUUCCGAGUUCAAAUUUUGCACUAGCCUGCUAUUAUUUUAAUGCAGAAAUUUGUAGCAUUAUAAGAUAUUUUACAGAAUGAAUCACCUUGUAAAUCAUGAGAUUAAACAAUUGGCACCGUGUAUACGAAGCAUCACCUCAGACCUCAGUCCGUGUCCUCUGAUAUUAGUCUGAAUUUUCUUAUAUAUUUCUGUCCUUUGUUUGA